CGAACUUUUUCUUCACAUCAUUUGURACAUCCCACGAGACAACACAAGAAUCCUUUCCAACUGAAACCAAGUUCAUAUCGGGCGUGUCGGUUUUAAACGACAGGGCUACGACUCCACCUCGAUGGGCGAACUGGUAAUGAAGGCGCUUCUUCUUUUCAAUACUCCAUAAAUAGAUCGAGUCGUCCUCUCCGCCAGAAGCAAUGACCUUGUCGUCUCGAGACCACGCAAGAGCAGCGAUCUUUUGAAGAUGAAAGCAGAACUUUGAUUUUCCGAUCACCGUUGAAUARUCUGCCGUCUUGUAGACACAUACGUCACGAGCAUCUCCUGCGGCCAACAUAGUACCAUCAUUGGACAAAGCCAGCGAAUGGACCGGCUUCAGAUGGCCAUCUGCGAUAACGUGUUUCUCUUUGAGUUCAGACGAGUAAACAUAGAUUUUGCAAUCGUUGCUACCAAUAUAGAUGGUACUGUCAUCCUUGGAAACCUCGAUGCAGUUUGCUGUGUAUUCCAGGGGAAGAAUUCCGGACGAAACUUGUUUGCCGUCCUUGAGAAGGAUGACACCAUUCACCGUGAGAACCGCGGUGAGACUGGUUCCGGUCGAGGUAGCCACUGGCUGGGCUCCAAGAUCGAUUGUGUCUGAUUGCAGUUUYCCGCCCUUUGUGAAGUAACACUUGUCGUCCCAACCCAUGCUGAGCAAUUGCGAAUCCUUCAAUAUUGUCGCACCGGAAAUGGCACCCUUGUGGAUUUGGUAAGUGAGAUCUUUGUUGUCUGCGGGGACAAUCCGUUCGAUGGCCUUGAUUUCUUUCAGGUCCCAUUUGCACAGGAUGCCAUCGGAAUCUCCGGUAUAAAACAAGCCAUUGGCAUGGUCGAACGCUACAGCACCAAUGGGAGCAUUGUGUCCCGUCAAAACCUCGAUUUUGCCUCCAUCGCCCGGCAUGGGCAAGAUGGAAAUUUGGUUGUUGGUUGCCACCGAUACGGGGAUCGUCCCACCCGCAAAUGCACAUCCCAGUUGCAUACCACCUCGGGGGGCUUUUUCGCAAGGUUCUCCCAGCAUAUGUUCGGCCACCUUCCAGACGUGCUUUUCUUCCACACUUGCCCCGUCCGCACUCACCUCGAAAAGCUUGCAGGUUCCAUCCGCAGAGGACGUGAUCAGACUUUUGUUGUCCGAGGCCCAUGCGCAAGCAUAGAUCGUUCCGGUGUGAAUGUUCUCUAGUUUGGUUUUGAGGGCAAGCUCCUUACCGUCGUAAAURCACAAGGACUUGUCGCCUCCCACCGAGGCUACAAGAGCCCCGUCCGAAGUGUAACGAACGCAAUUGAUGCCCUUAGUGUGAGCCGAUUCGCAGGGUUUUUCGUUUUCAACACCAAUUCUUUGGAAGGGAGGCCCCUUGUGGAAGUGGAUUUUUCCGUCUUCCUUUCCACCGGUGGCGAGACGAAAUGGACGGUUUGGUUUGAAGGCAACGGCACACGAUUUGCCCUUGAGAUGCUGCAUGAGACUACCCUGGGUGUUUCCCGCAUCCCAUAAAAUGACACGCGUGCAAACGGACUGCGAAAUGGUUCGAAAUUCGAGAAAUGAACAAAACACAAAGUGUAAGAUAGUGCGCGUCGCCCAAACGGAAUUGAAAUCCGUGGCUGGCCUAGGAUGCUCCGUUGGUUUCGUUUCUCUCGGCAUUCCUUACUUGGUUGUCAAGACGAUCUCCCGCGAAGGCGAUGCGCUUGGAUUCGCCGUCCCACGAAAUAUCCCGCACCGUGGAACUCAGUCCCUGCUGCUCCAGCUUGCACAGGUGCUCUUCGUGGUCGAGCGCCCAGACCCGCAGCUUGCCCCUGACAUCCCCCGAGCAUGCGUAGGCGCCCGAUGUGCUGAUCUUAACGCACGAAGUUGCGUAUUGAUGCCCUCGGUAGACCAAGGUUGGAUACUCCGAGUUUGGGAGCUUUUCUUCCGGCUUGAGCGAGCGAAUGACGCAAAGCUUGCCACUGGUAUACGACAGAAAGGGCUUGCCAGCGCUGAUGCGGCCACUUUGUCCGUCCAGAACACAGGGCUCUCCUCGCACCGUGUUGGGCAAUGAAGGAACCUGUGUCACCACAGGAUAUGCGACAGGGAUGCAGGCGUUCGAUGCCGAGACCAUUUUGUUGGGAAUAUGAUUCGAUUGGAGUUUUCAAYAGUAGAUAGUGAGAAACCAAGGCUUCAACUUUUUGAUCUUGGUUCCUUAGAYGAAGAAACGACUGGAACUAUUUUUUUCUACUGUAUUGCUUUUCGAUCGAUUUUUCAUUCAUCAUGUCCGAUGCAGAGGUCAUCCUGUCAUCUCGAUGAGAAGGCACACUUGUACCKGUGGUACACUAAGUAACGGUAAUAUUUUUGAACUUCAGAAGAUUGGAUCGUGGUCAUUUYGAAUGUUGGAAAGGGGGGCGAUGGGAAAAAAGUGAWUGAUCUCCCUUUGAUACAGUACCAUUUUCAAAAUACAUGACUGRAACUUCGAUCUAAUCACGAGUUGUUUCUUAUCGCCGAAAUACCGAUGUUGUCUUUCUCUCCCGUACCGGUACGUAUGUUCUGUGUGUACGAAUUAWUUUUUAGUUUGAAAAGAAAACGAAAGGAAAAUGAAAAAUCUGAAAAGUAGCUUGUGAUGKAACGUUGUGACAUGGUGUUAUCAACGGUUACACUACGCUGCAAGAAAUAACAUUGCGCCGCCAGAUGUGACCAGCUGUCAGAUCAAAAAGAUUSUCAGAAUAGUGUAGGCGGGAUCGCAACAGAAAGAAAAAUGGCUCCUUCGAGACCUGGAUUCGACAAUCGGGAUUUGUCGGCCAAGAAUGCAUCGUUUCGUCGAACCGCCCCGAUGUGGUACUCGUUCGUGGCCGUUUGCGCCCUUUCGGUUCUAACUUACGGUAACAUUUUUUGGARCAUUCCUUCCUUCGUGCCAUACGCUCUUAUCGGCAAGGACCACUAUUCCAUAGACCAACAGGACCGUGCCCUUGGCCAUCAUGUGUCGUUGUCGUCAAACUCUACGAAUGAAAUUUAUGGCGUUCCGCGAGAACAAGAUCGCUGCGGGAUUUGGAUGGCUCCCUCGUCCCUGCGUCCGWUUCCGGGUAGGUUUUCAAGAACAGGCGGCAACUGGAGGGGUACGGAACGGUCGAUGGAUUCAUUCCGUCCCUGACCUGCCGUGCACAUUGCCGCCGUUUCGUGCAGCACAACAACUACUAUUGUUUAUUGCUCACACAGUCUCCCGAUGUAUUCUCGGUCUCUUUGUURCCACCUGCGCACUGCGUGCUUCGGCCUCCCGAAAGGCUACGGAAUAUUUACGACGCGAGACAUCGACCAGGGCGACUCGAUCCUCCGUGCUCCGGAUGCGGUUUCGAUCCCUCUCCGCGACAUGAGACGCCGCAACACGCACUUGCCGCUCGACAAGGAACGCCGGCGAAUGUGGCACAACGUAUUCGCCAAUGUGAGUUGAGUAUGGAAAAACGCUACAGUGGGUGCAUGGCACGCGGUGCAGAUCGUUCCGGAUAUGUCCUGCCGUACACAAAAACGAAACCGAAAAUCUCUUUUGUUGAAUCAUGCCGUGUUGUGUGUUCCUUGUUGGAUCGCUGUGUAAAUGCUAAAUUUGUGCUUUCUCUCUGUUUUCCAUACCGCGAACACCUUUCCCAAUCCCAAUCAAUCAGUACGUGUGGGCGCAUGGUAUGCCGGACCACAGGUAAGUGUASCUUAAGGUUCUCGUUCGAGGGCUGCMAUAUCAUUGCAAGCUUGCAGCACGGACGAAGUGAAACAACCAACUCAAUUCAAUUUAAAUCAGCUAAUAAAAUCCAAAUCUGUUUCAACAUUGCAGUCGGUACGACCAUCCCCCAGACACGGUUGAUUUUCAGCCAGGCUUUGGUUCGCUUCCGAAUCACCAUUGUGUGCUUGAAUCAUUGGGACAAGCACCUGCCCGUGUCUCGCCAUACGACGAUGGACUACUGGACUCCAACCACAGCGACAGCAGUAGUGGAAGAAAAAGCCCGGGAAUUGGUGCCUUCUCUUACCAUCUUGGUAGAGAUUUUUAUGCAAAGCGGGAUCUAAAAGCGGGGGAAGAGAUUGUGAGUUCUAAGGAAUAUAUGGUUGCUGAUUCAUUUUCAUUGUUGAAGUAGCGAAAAAAACCUAAAUACAUUAGAGGUGCUCACCUUUACUGUUGAUUGGCUUGUUAAUUUCCAGUUCCUCAACUAUGGUUAUUGUCGACGCAACAAACCAGUAAACAAGAAAAGAAGUGAGGACGCUAACAUUCCUUGGCAUCAGAAGUUCAUAUAUCCAGAAGAUAUCAAAGAAGCGGCAAGGRUUCUACAACUGUAUGAACCAUUUGGAUCAAAGCCGUGGCCGAAGGGAAAGACAACUGCUGCCCUAUUAAACGUCAUCGCUGAAGAAUCAUUGUCAUCUCCAACAGAUCUUACACAAUAUUCUGAUCCGCAGUUUGUUCUAUCUAUUCUGAAAGAAGUCAAUGAUCGUUUUGAUCGCCAAUCAUUGUACGAUACUGUAAAYAAAAUCAAUGUACAGUCGAAGGAGAGUCUAGCGAAAAUGAUGGGUCAUCGCGUCGUCCACAAGAGUGAUUCAUAUGAUACYUUAGCAACGAAAAAGUUGUGGUUCGAACUGUCAAAUCUUUCAUUGAAGCGGAGGGAUCCAGAUUGGAUUAAGGGYAAUGGGCUUUGCUUAGAACACCUAGUCCCAAAGAAGAGUACUUUGCCCAACGCGGGCUUCGGUGCAUUUGCUCAAUAUGGAGUUCGAAAAGACGAAAUURUUGUUCCAACACCAGUCUUACACGUUGUAAACAAAAAAACUCUGAGUUUAUAUCGUCAAAGUAUUGCAGGCGAUGAAGACAUUCGUCUACUAAAAAACAAUCCCGAGUCUUUCAAAGUUGGUACAUCUCUGCUACUGAAUUAUUGUUUUGGUCAUCCUAGGAGCUCUAUGUUGAUGUGUCCAAUGACCAGCWCCAUGCUUAUUAACCAUUGCAGUUACCGCACCAAAGAAUGCGGUCCAAAAGGACCAAACGCAGAGGUACRGUGGUCUUCUGGUUGGGAUCCGGCAUCCCACGAAUGGCGAAAUAAAACCAUUGAGGAAAUAGAUCAUCAAAUGGGAAGGAUUCUUUCUCUCGAGAUCAUCGCAUUGCGUGACAUUGCACCUAACGAAGAAGGUUUGUAUAAUCAACAAAAAUGACUUUGCUGUUCUUCUUUUUUUUGUGCGAGACUCACACUUACCUUGUUUGGAAACCUUCUCUUUCUGGAUCGUAAACUUCGACUGCAGUCUUCAUUGACUAUGGCAUCGAAUGGGAAAACGCAUGGAGCGAGCAUGUCCGUYGGUGGAAACCUCCGGACGAAAUCCGAAACUUUGUCUCUGCAACGCAAGCUAAUUUGCGGGAAGGACCUAUUUUGCAUGAUCUUAUGUCGAAUGAUUUGCGCAAAACAGUACAUCAUCCUUAUUUGUUCACAGGAUGCCAAUAUGAUGCUCGCCCUGAUGUUGAGAACAUAGGGAACUAUACGAAAAGAUGGAAAGGUAAAUGGAAGCAGCUUUCGGACCAAGAAAUUCUUGAAAAAUUUUCUGCCCCGGGAGCUGAUUUCGUCUACCAAGGCAAAGAAGGAUAUAAAGGACACAAGGAAUUCAGUCAUUGGCCAUGUUCAGUUCUAUACGCCGAAAAARAARAGGGUCGAUAUACAGUCAGAAUUCAUAUGAGUCCAUUAAAAGAUGUCGAACCACAUGAUACUUCCUGGAAUAGAAACGAAGUGCCGCGCAUCCUCACCAACUAUUCGCAAGAAUCAAUUCACUACUUUGUGAAUCCUUCAGCCACAGAUCAAACUCUACCGAACGCUUUUCGUCAUGCUAUUGGAUUCCCUGAAAAUCUCUUUCCGAAGCAAUGGGAAAAUUUGGGUUGAUUGUGUAUCAGACUGGUUGAUGUACUGGAAGACAAAGAAGGACCACUUUGACACCGAUUGUUGUGCCCUAUUUUGCAAAUAAAUUUUUAUCACAUUCGCUCUUCUAAUGACACCUGAUGAUUAGGGAAAAAUAAGGAAAGAAUAUUAUUAAAUGGCUGAAAACGAAGUUUGCGAUAUCAUAGAAUCAAAACUAUGAAAGUUCAWGCGGUAUUAAAUCCAUCGUGUUACAUCCUUGGUGAUAAAGAUGAGUUGCUUUGUCACCUWGAGGYAGGUAUGGCUUCAAUCAAGUUGCAUUACUCGCAAGUGCUAUGGUUGUGCAGGUUUUGUAUCUCGACUAAGUGACGAUUCUCUUAGAAGAGAUUUCCAGCAAGGUGCCGUAUACAGGUUGCAUGUGCCAUGUACUGACACGGUAACAAACCGAGAGGGAAGAACGAUAUGGAAAGACGUAGUUGCUWUUGUCAAAUGAGUCUAUUUAUUGUGUUAUGUACUGUCACUUCUAGAAUAUAAGUAAAACAAGAGG